UUCUGGAAGAAAAAAAAAUCACAUUUCCCUCUCUUCUUCUUUCCCCCCCAAAUUUCAUCUCAGAAAAAAAAGCAAACAAUGGCUAACUAUAGAAUGGAUUCGGAAGAAGAAGCAUUGUUUAGAAAUUCUCCAUAUCCACUUUAUUUCGUUCAAAGUCCUUCAACUCUAUCCCAUGCAAAUAGCGGAGAAUUAUGUCGUCACAACAACAACAUCAAUAAUACUACUAAUGCUAAUGAGUACUCCUCUGGAUGUCAUUCGCCAAUGCCUAGACCGGAGACCGGUCCGUUAUCGCUCUCUCGAUACUCAUCGUCCCGUGGAUCUAACCACUCCUUCUCGCAUCACGAGAAGAAGAUUUCAUGUGAUUCUCUGCAGAGCCACGGGACGGGGAUCGAUGAGAACAUCGAGAUUUGUCCAGAGAAACGUUGUGGUGCAGUUUUGUUGGUUCAUCAAGGAGGGAAAAAUGGGCGUAUUCGUGUUAACGAGGAAGAGGAUGAGGAUGACGAUGGUGAAGAUUAUUAUUACGGAAAAGGAAAUUGGAUGAGGUUUUUUUCGUUGGGAUAUUCGGAUUCAACAGCGUGGAUUGUUGUACAAGUAACAUGGAGGCUUAUUGUGAGUAUGAUAGUAGCUUUGGUUGUUUUCUACAUUGCUACAAAACCCCCUUCACCUAAGGUUUCUCUUGAGAUUUCAGGUGUUCGUGAAUUUGGAUUGAGAGAAGGAGUUGAUGGAACUGGUGUAAACACAAAAAUGUUAACAUGCAAUAGUUCAAUGAUCUUACAAAUUGAUAACAAGUCUAAGCUCUUUGGGCUUUACAUUAAUCCCCCCACCAUGGAAAUGUACUUUGGAAGGGUCCCUUUUAUAAAAGCACAAGGAGAAGAGCUUUAUGCAGGGAGCUAUGGGCCAACAUACUUCAAGUUAACUAUAGGGACAAAGGACAAGGCAUUGUAUGGGGCAGGUAGACUUAUGCAAGAUAUGCUUCAAUCUUCUAAAGGAUUGCCUUUGCUUAUACGUGUGCAUCUAUCUUCAACUUUUCAUGUUGUUUGGGGUCUUAUCAAACCCAAAUUUCAUCACCAAAUUGAGUGCCUUGUUCUUCUUCAUAAUACUUAUAAUAAAAAACAUAGGACCCAAAAGUAUAAUAGCACUUGUUUGUUGAUCCCUUCUUAAAAACAUCAUCACUUUUUUAAUUGCAAAAUAGGUUGUUGAAAAAAGAAGAAGAAAUGAGAUCUAUAUUGGUUGUUAUUAGGAAGGAUCCAUUAGUAUAUAAAAUUAAUGAUAUGUAAUUUUGAUCGGUUGAAUAUUUGAAUCCAUGACUUUCAGCUGCUCUGACAACAUGAAUCGUAAGCCUUUAAUGGGUUGAAAUUUA